CCCAAUGGCCAAUCUUAACACCAUUUUAACACCCUCCAUGAUAUUAUGUACACUUUUUCUACACCUCUUUCUCUUUCCUUAUUCCACAUUUUCCUCAAUUAGUUCAAUUCAUGACCUUCUCAAAAGUAGAGGACUACCAGCUGGGCUAUUUCCAAAGAAUGUUGUAAAAUCAUAUAAUCUUGAUAAAAAUGGCCAUUUGGAAGUUUAUUUAGAAAGGCCAUGUGUUGCAAAAUUUGAGACAUGGGUGUUUUUUGACACUAUUGUUAAAGCUAAUCUUAGUUAUGGUGGAUUAAUUGGAUUAGAGGGUCUAUCUCAGGAAGAGCUUUUUCUUUGGUUGCCAGUGAAAGAUAUUAUAGUAUAUGAUCCUUCUUCUGGUUUGAUCUUGUUUGACAUUGGUUUGGCUCAUAAACAAAUAUCCCUUUCUCUUUUUGAAGAGCCUCCUCUUUGUACUCCUCAAGGUUUAUUAAUGGAGAAUGAUGGGAUUAAAGAGUCUGGAUUCAGAAUUGAUUCAAGAUUUUCCAGUCUCUAACUCUGUUAAGCUACUGAUUUUGCUACGGAAUUGUUGGCUUUGGCUUUAAUUUUUCUCCAAUUGAAGGCGGUUGAAGGCUUUGGAAACGACAAAGUGGAAUGAGAUUUUUUAUUUAGGUGCUUGUAGUAGGAUUGUAAAAAUAAUGGAAACUAACAAUAUAAAAAUUUUGGAAAGAAAAUGAGAAAAAUUUGAAUUUUUUGAAAUACUUUCUUGUUCAAAUAGAUAUAUGAGUCAUGAAAUACAAAA